GUUCGAAAAUCGCCCCACUCGUAGUGUCUCCCAUCCAUCUCAUCGUCUCAUCAAUGGCCAGCGGGAACCCGGAAACAGCGACGAGCGCUCCCGACCCGGAUCCGAACCCGGCCGCAGCGCCGCCGCCGCCGCGGACCGUCGUCUGCGUCGGCGACGUCCACGGCCACUUCACCAAGCUCCGCGCCCUCUGGGCCAACCUCGAGUCCUCCAUCCCGCCCCACGCCUUCCGCGCCGCCCUCGUCAUCUUCCUGGGCGACUACUGCGACCGCGGCCCCGACACCCGCCGCGUCAUCGACUUCUUCCUCUCCCUCCCCUCCGCCUACCCGGGCCAGACCCACGUCUUCCUCGCCGGCAACCACGACUUCGCCUUCGCCGCCUUCGUCGGCGCCGUCCCCGGCGACGCCGCGUCGUUCCGGGAGGGGUGGAAGGUGUACGAGUCGUACGAGGAGAGCGAGGGGUGGUACCGGGGGGAAGGGUUCGAGAACAUGCACCUGCAGGGCAGGCGGUGGGCCGGGAAGAUCAAGGCCAGGUUCAACGAGGCCAAGGGGACGGAGUACAAGGGCUCGAUCUUCGACGCCGCCCCGACUUUCGAAUCGUAUGGUGUGGCGCAUGGAUCUGCAGAUUUGAUUAAGGCGGUUCCAGAAGAACAUAAAAAGUUUCUUGCCAAUAUGGUCUUGGUCCAUGAAGAGGAUGAUGUUUGUAUAACAACUCCGGAAGGAACUAAGCACUGUAGAUUAAUUGCUGUCCAUGCUGGGCUAGAGGGAAAAGAUGUUGGGGAGCAACUGAGAUCGCUGAAAGCCAAGGACACUUGGAUGGCAAAGAUAGAGGCUAUUGCUGGAAGGAAAAAUGUCUGGGACAUUCCAGAGGAGCUAAUUGAACCUCCAACGAUUGUGGUGAGUGGCCAUCAUGGAAAGCUUCACAUUCAAGGUCUUAGACUGAUAAUUGACGAAGGCGGUGGGUAUCCGGAUAAACCUGUGGCGGCUGUUGUGCUCCCUUCACUGAAGAUCAUACGUGACACUGACAUUCUGCCAACAGAGUAACUGAAUUAACAGUAAAUGGUUUGCAUAAUUAUUUACAGUUAUUAGGUAUAGCAAGGAAUAAAAUAAUAAUAAUUUCUCUUCUUGAAGGUGGCCGUGAGAUGGUAUCCUUCUUUGAUUGUAAUCUUUUACUUCUAUUAUGUAAGCAGUCGUAUCAGGACACCUUAAAUAUUUUAUUUUAUUAAUCUCUAUACUAAUAAAUGGCAUUGAUCCUUUCUUGAA